AUGAUCAAAUUCGUGAUCCUUGGGAUUCCUUUGCUACAUCACCUAUACCUCCAAAACGCUCUCGUUCGGCAGUGGACACAGGCCUUGACUCAAGGGUUUUUACGUAUAAAUUUUCGCCAGAAUCCUCGACUUACACCAGCACUGCCCACUACCUCAUCCCCUACCACCACAUUGAAGACCCGCCUAAGCCGACUGUUCACACAGUGGUGGCCCAUCCAUGCGGGUGGUGCAAUUCGGCCUAUUGUCGACGUUCCUCUUGCACCAGGUAAACUGCGCUACACCACAGCAGGUGCUCCCGUCGAUGAUGACGAUGAUUCAAUACGUGAUGAAGACGCCACCUUCCCUACUCCUUCGCCGAACCACAAUUCACGACCACUCGCAGCGGGCAUGUCAAUACUGGACAACAUGGAAAGAACCAGCCGCUUUUAA